UUCCUCUUCUUCCCACGCUCCCCGAAAGCUUUUCAACACCGCCGUCACGCUUCACAGACAAACCUCCCUCCCUCUGUCUCUUGUCUGUGGCUGUCUCCGGCUGGCAACCGUGAAUCCUAGCUGCUCGAGACCAAAACCACCUACACCUGCCCGCCGAACUCCCAUGCAUAGCCUUUAGCUCUCUAGAAGUCUAGCUCCGCUCUCCGGGCUCCGGCCAUGCCGCACCGUCGCCGCCUACACAGCCUCGCGCCGCUGCCGCCGCCUCCCCCUUCGCCUCACACCGCCUUCGACCUGUCCGAGGCCGAGUCGCGGCUGCCACUCCUCGCAGACUACGGGCGGCUCAAGCCCGUCGACGACCUCCCCGCCCCCGUCGCGCCGCCGUCCGCGCACUGGAGCGCCGGGAGCGCCUUCACCGGCACCGAGCCCGCGACCGCCUCCACGUCCACGGCAGCGACGGGCUCCUCCCUGCCACCGGCGUCGUCCGCCGCCAGGGACGACACGUGGGUGCGCCGCUCCAGGGAGAGCUACUACCUGCAGCUCUCCCUCGCCAUCCGCAUCACCUCCGAGGCCUUCCUCGCCGGCGUCCCGCCCGAGCUCCUCCCACGCCGCCUCGGCCCCGGCGAUGUGGCGGCGGAGCAGCACGCCGACGUCCCCGCCGAUGCCGCCGCCGUCUCCUACCGGCUCUGGGUGAACGGGUGCCUGUCGUGGGGGGACAAGAUCGCGCACGGGUUCUACAACAUCCUGGGCAUCGACCCGCACCUGUGGGCGAUGUGCAACGCCGACGAGGGGGAGGGCCGCCGGCUGCCGACGCUGGCGGCGCUGCGGGAGGUGGACGCCAGCGACCAGUCGUCGCUGGAGGUGGUGCUCGUGGACAAGUGCGGCGACUCCGUGCUGGUCGACCUGGAGCGGCGCGCGCUCGACCUCCACCGCGCGCUCGGCGCCACGCUCGACCUCGUCCGCCGCCUCGCCCUGCUCGUCUCCGACCACAUGGGGGGUGCAUUGAGAUCGGAGGACGGAGACCUGUACAUGCGGUGGAAGGCGGGCAGCAAGCGGCUGAGGAAGCAGCAGAAGAGCGUCGUCGUCCCCAUCGGCCGCCUGUCCAUCGGGUUCUGCAGGCAUCGCGCCAUUCUCUUCAAGGCUCUGGCAGAUUUUAUCGGCCUGCCGUGCCGAAUCGCGCAAGGCUGCAAGUACUGCUCUGCACCUCACCGGUCCUCUUGCCUUGUCAAAAUUGAAAACGAGAGAAGAUAUUCAAGGGAGUACGUUGUGGACCUCGUGGUCGUGCCAGGGAGCAUCUGCAACCCAGACUCGUCCAUCAACGGCCAGCUGCUCUCCUCUGUGUCUUCGCCUUUCAAGACUUCUUGCACCGCAAGUUUGGAAAACUAUGCGGCACCAGUUACAGCUUGGAAUCGUGCGAUAGCUGAUGAUCGUUGCAACUCGAUGUUCUCAGAUUCUCAAUAUUCAGCAGUUGCCGGGAACAAGAACUCUGUUCAGGCAGACACCAAAGAGGGUGUGGUGCUGAAAUGCGGUCAGGUCAUGCAGAAUGACAACUGCAACAACAUGUCAGUGUUUCAAGUGUCAAGGCAAUUGAAGGCGAUGGAGGUCGGCACCGAGGAUGUCAAUAAGGAGAACAUCCCUGGUCUUACACUGCCAAAACACCUGCUCGCUGAGUCAUCUUUUGCCAUGGAUUGGCUUGAGAUAUCAUGGGAUGAGCUUGAGCUCAAGGAACGCAUAGGCGCUGGUUCGUUUGGUACCGUUUAUCGAGCUGACUGGCAUGGUUCUGAUGUUGCAGUAAAAGUGCUUACAGACCAGGGUGUUGGCGAAGCUCAGCUCAAAGAAUUCCUUAGAGAGAUCUCUAUCAUGAAACGAGUUCGCCAUCCAAACGUGGUAUUAUUCAUGGGCGCAGUGACAAAGUGCCCGCAUUUGUCGAUAGUAACCGAGUACUUGCCCAGAGGGAGCCUCUUCCGUCUCAUCAGCAAAGCUUCCGGUGGGGAAAUACUUGAUUUACGGCGGCGUUUGCGCAUGGCAUUAGAUGUUGCAAAAGGCAUCAACUAUCUCCACUGCCUGAACCCUCCUAUCGUACAUUGGGAUCUGAAGACACCAAACAUGUUGGUGGACAAGAACUGGUCUGUAAAGGUAGGUGACUUUGGCUUGUCCAGAUUUAAGGUGACCACAUUCAUAUCGUCGAAAUCAGUCGCUGGAACACCAGAAUGGAUGGCGCCAGAGUUUCUCCGUGGCGAGCCAUCCAACGAGAAAUGUGACGUGUACAGCUUCGGCGUGAUCUUAUGGGAGCUCCUGACUAUGCAGCAACCAUGGGGCGGCCUAGGCCCAGCACAAGUAGUAGGAGCAGUUGCAUUCCAGAACAGAAGGCUCCCAAUCCCCAAAGAUACCAUCCCAGAACUAGCUGCUCUUGUUGAAUCAUGUUGGGCUGAUGAUCCAAGGCAGCGCCCUUCGUUUUCGAGCAUUGUGGAUACGCUCAAGAAGUUGCUCAAGUCGAUGCAGGGAUCCGGUUCAUGACAGUCCCGUGGAUUCUUGCCCAACCAUUCUUUUUUCUCUACUCUCUGUCGAUUAAAGCUAAUCCACAACAAGGAAUAAAGCAGUUAGUUGCCUUCAGGCACAUGAGAGGGUAGCUGAAGCAGCAAAAGUGCAAUGCUGCAUCAGAGUUUGUUGGCUCGUUCCCUGACCAUUCAUGUUGUCUCUGUAUAGUGAUUUGAGCUACAAAUUUAAAGCUCUCGAGGGUCAGUGAGGUGGUUAUGUAAAAUGUCCUGAAUGUAUCAAAGUAGUUCUACUGGCUGAGCAAUAGCGCCGUCACUUUACUAAAAUGGGAGAUAGAUUUGAUAACAA